CGCAACCGCUUCUGCAAGUCCCAGCUAUUCUUCUUCGCCUAGCAUUUCUCCAAGUGCCUCUGUAUUUGGCGAGUGUGUCGCUGGAACUGUGCGUGCUGCUGAAACUGGUGAAUUGAUGAGUGGUAGAAUCGUGUUUAUCAAGUGCGAUGAUGGAUACGAAGCUAUGGCGGAGACCGAUUCUGAAGGUUUGUAUAUUUUCAACAAUGUACCCGAAGUCGCUUCUUGCCAGGUUUCAGUUUCGGAAACAGAAGAGUCUAUCUAUAUUGGAGUUGACAAUUCAGUUGCAACGUGUGAGGAGCCAGAGCCGGAACCUUCGCGCUCCCCCUCUUCUUCGGCUUCUCCAAGCCACACUGCCUCUUUAACUCCGCUGCCAUCCGUCGACCCGGCAGGAUUGUCACCGUCACCUUCGGCGACAAUGAGUAUGACACCUUCUGCAUCUGCUGCGAAUGAUUGUAUUCGCGGAGUCGUUAGAGAUGUCGAAAGUAGUGAGCCAGUUUCUGGAGUUUCAGUCACUGUUAUGUGCGACCCUGAGUUUGAGCUGACGACAAUCACUAACAUCCAGGGUGAGUAUGAAUUUAUCGGCUUGCCAGACAUGGCUGCCUGUCAUGUUUCAAUAGAUGACACAACCGUUGAUGUUGAUGUUGAGGUGGAUGAUUCAGAAGCUACUUGUGUACACAAUGAACCUUCGCCCUCGCCCUCGCCAACUGCAUCAUUGACUCCAUUGGCUUCGUUUGAACCGGUGGCGCUGUCAUCAUCGCCUUCCCCGACGAUGAGUAUGACUCCAUCUACUGUCGCUGGCGAUUGUGUCCACGGAAUUGUGAGAAAUUCUGAGAAUGGCGCACCAGUCCCGGGAGUCGAGGUCAUGAUUACCUGUGACCCUGACUUUGAGCAGACGAGGCAAACUAACGACCAGGGAGAGUAUGAAUUUAUUAAUGUGCCAAAUGUGGCUGAAUGUCAAGUGUCGAUAUUAGAAACGGAUGUCGAUGUAGAUAUUGGCCUUGAUAACUCAGAAACAACUUGCGAAGAACCAAUGCCCUCACAGUCAGCUUCAGCCACCCCCUCGGUUUCGCCCACUCCCAGUCAUACAGCGUCACUGACUGCUUUGCCUUCUGUUGAACCAGCCGCACUCUCCGCUUCGCCAUCGGCUUCGGCGAUAGGCGAUUGUGUUCGUGGAAUCGUUAGAAGCAAUGAUAAUGGAACACCAGUCUCGGGAGUCGAGGUCCUGAUUUCAUGCGACCCUGCUUUCGAACGAAGUACUCAAACCGAUGAUCAGGGCGAAUAUGAGUUCGACAAUGUUCCAAAUGUCGCUUCUUGUCAAGUUUCGAUAGUAGGAGCUGACAUCGAUGUAGAUAUCGACAUUGAUGAUUCGGAAGCUACCUGCGUGUUACCUGUGCCCUCACCGUCAUCCCCAGCCACCCCCAGUGCUUCAGUAUCUGGUUCGCCUGCGGUCACACCCAGUGGUACGGUUUCGAUUUCGCCGUCUAUCUCUCCCAGCGGUUCAGUGUCUAUUUCUAUGACACCGUCCAGUACUGCGAGUGCGACGGCAAGUAUGAGCGUAGAACCAUCGGCCAGUCCAACUGUCACUCCCAGUACAUCGGUUUCGCCCACUCCCAGUCAUACAGCGUCACUGACUGCUUUGCCUUCUGUUGAACCAGCUGCACUCUCCCCUUCGCCAACGAUGACGCCAUCGGCUUCGGCUAUAGGCGAUUGUGUCCGAGGUAUUGUGAGAGAUGGUGAAACCGAUGAACCAGUAGUCGACAAGAGUGUGACAAUCAAAUGUGUUCCUGAUUAUGAGAACGAAGUUGUAACUGACAGUCAAGGUGAGUACCUCUUCAUGGUGCCCGCUGGAUCUGUAUGUCAAGUUGCUGUUGCACAAACGGCCGCGGAGGUCGAUGUUGAAGUGGAAGACGGUGUGGAAAUAGAAACUACUACCGUUAUAUGUUUAGCGCCGUCGCCAUCCCCGUCAGCAACAGUCUCACCGGCCCCCGCUACGUCGGCCAGCACCAAUGCGCCUGUCACACCGACUGCAAGUCCGUCGCUCUCUAAGCUUCCAGAUGUAGAACCAGUGGCCUUGUCACCUAGUCCGAGCGCAACAGCAAGUCCGUCAACUACGCCCGUGGCUGAUGUGCCCGAUUGCGUUCGUGGCGUCGUCAGAGAUGCUCAAACUGGACAACCCGCAGCGAAUGUGGAUGUGGUAAUCGAAUGCGGGAAUGGUUUCAAGUUGACUGUGAAAACAGAUCAGAACGGAGAGUAUAACUUUGAUAUCGUGCCCGACGUGGACACUUGCGAUGUAUCAAUUGCUAAUACGGACCUCGAUGUUAAAGUCGAUGUAGACGAUUCGCACGCUGAGUGUGUGGAAACUGACCAUAUCCCUAGCCCCAGCACAUCGCCCACGAUCUCACCAGUCGGAGAAUGUCUUCGUGGUUUGUUGAGAAACACGAAGACCAACAUGCCCAUCGCAGACAAGGGUAUAAUCGUUGUUUGCCCUUCGGGCUACACCGAAAGAAAAGUAACUGAUGAGAAUGGCGAGUACGUCUUCUACAAUAUCGCUGAAGGAAGUUCAUGUCAAAUAACGGUGGAAGGAGAUGAUAUUGAAUUAGACUUUGAUGUGACUGGCACUGGUGCAGAAUGCCCUGAACCAACAACUCCGAUUUCAGACCAAUGCCUCAGUGGAAUGGUAAAGGAUUCAAACGGAGCGCCAGUGGUGGGACAGAGUGUUGUUGUUAAAUGUGCUGCAAACUUUGAGAUGGAAACCUUGACUGAUUCCAACGGAGAAUACAAUUUCAGUAAUCUACCGGCUAGUGCCGAUUGCCAGGUGUCCAUUACGGAUACACAAGUACGUGUAGCGGUGGAAGUGAUUGACGAUUCCGCCACGUGUAGCGACUCGGAAGUCGCAAAAUAAGCUAACCAUGGUACAUACACCAAAAAGGAUCAUUUCAGGAGAAUGAACUAGAAACAUUGCCCUAUAUCCAUAAAUAUUCAAUAAAAUAAUUUAAA